GUAAGAAUGGAUGAUGGAUGACCUGAAACAAUGUUUUUCUAUUCUGUCGAAACAUGUGAUCAUCCCAAAGAAUCCCAGCAGUCAGUUGACGACAAGUCCUGCAGGAACAAAAGCGAAAAUUUCGAUCUGCAGUUAGCCUGCGUCAAAUCAUGGUUUGAAGACUUUUCCGAGGUUCAAAAGCAGCUUCUUUUCACCGAACUUCUAAAUCGAUAUGAAUCGGUCCAGAAGAGUGCAGCCGAGUAUAUCCUGCAAAAGAAAGCAGCAAAAGCGGGAGUCAACUUUACAAGCCUAUUACCCUACCAUUUACUCAUUUACUUGUUUUCAUUUCUGGACGCUGAAUCGCUCAUUGCUGUGUCCAAGGUGUGCUGGUACUGUAAACUUCUGGCAGAUUCCAACGCACUCUGGUACCUUCAGUGUAAACUGAAAAACUGGGAACUUCCCAACUUGCUACCAAACGAUGAACUACCUCCUGGUUUUUGGAAGCGCUAUUACCUGGAAAGAUCACACUUCAAUCGGAAGAAGAACUUGUUGUCCCCCAGUUCGGCAGUCAUCACCAACACCACCAUCAGCCAAAUGAGUCACGAAUCAACAAGAACAACUUACCUAACAGUCCCCGAAGCCGACAAACAAACAACAAGUAAGAGAAUCGAGAAACGAGUAGCAUUCUGCAGGAAGAUAAGCAACAAAACGGUGGCGCCAACAAAAUCACAGAGUCCGAUGAACCCGGUUCCCGUUGGCCAUAUCACGAGUUAUGAACGGCGGCGUCUUGUGAGCCCAACUGUUGCGAAGCCGUCAGUAAAAGUUGAACGACAAUGGAGGCCAUUCUCCAAAGGACAACCAGACAGUCACGAACGCAUGGAGCGCGCCUUAUGGUUGGGCCAAGUGCGUCGGCGUUACUCCUUCAAAGAAUUGAACAGGCGAGCAAAAUCCGGAAACGUAACUCCUUGUCCACAUCGUAAAGGACUAUAUAGUCCAAUAGAACCGAGAACGAAGUGUUUUGCGGAGGUGUUUGCCAACACGUGCACAUCGGGUUCAUACUCCCCGCUCCGUGGUGCUGUUUGGCCGCCCGGAACGGAGGACGGAUUUGUGGAACUGACCAAAGAAUCUCCAGCAAACACGACUCAGUGCAAACCAGGCAAUUUCACAUCAACCCUCGUUUAUCUGGGUGAUGGAGACCCUCGGACUUCUUUACUCUCAGAGCUUGUAACCAGCUAUUCAGGUGGCGACAUUCACAGUGUGACUGAACUGGCUCACGUGACCGUCUCGACUGGUUGGGAACGUGAAUCAGCUAUGGGUCUACUGGAGACCGUCCAAUUGGGCCCACCUAUCAUUUGUAGGACUCUGCUGAGUGCGAACACUAGACCAUCAGUUUCCGGUUUGCUGAAUCAUACCUGCUCGAAAAUGUCCUACAUCCCAGUGUCAAGCCAAUCAGACCUGGAUAACCCAGCCACUCCAAAUGCAACUUAUGUCACCGAAAAUCUAGAGCACGAACAGUUGGAAUUGUUAACCUCCCCUUCUAUUUGUGACCGUUCCUUAAGUCGUACGAAAACAAAAUCCGGUUUUGUGAACGGUAUUCCACUCAAACCACAUCCAAUUAUUCCAGUUGCCAGUGAUGCCAGUUUUAAUGGCUAUUACACCUUCUUUCUGAACUUGUGGGAUCUCAAAGCUCAAGGAAAUUUUCCACCGCCAAUCGGUUACCAAGAUCUUUUAGAGCGCGAAUUUAUUGGCCGGAAGGUCCGUUGUUCGAACCCGACCUCUCCACCUCGACUUCCCCUGUCUAGGUUUGGGCAACCUGGCAUUAUCCCAGCCCUCGUGCUUCCUUCAGGUGGCACGGCAGCUAGGCACCGGUAG